UCCGCUUCCUGUGUACGUGUCAUCGGCUUUUCCGGCCUCCACGCUUCACUACCGCGUUUCGUCUUCAUAGCUCCAUCUCUCUAUAUUCUCCCCCAGGCCACAGAACGCACUAAUAUCCAUUUCCACCCCAACCUCACUCACGCUCUCUCUUUCAUAGAUAUACACAGCCCUCUCUGCUUCGUUUUCUCUCUUCUCAAACAUGUCUUCCCGUUUUGCCACUCCCUUCCCUCCCUUCUUCCCGCUGUCCGCCGUUCCUUCCUCCGCCAGAUCAUGUCUCCUCGGAGCCAACCAUACCUCCGCUCGUUUCUGCUCUCGAUAAGCCCCCGCGCAUCCCUGCUCCAUCUUUUCAAAUCCUCACUUCCUUUGUCUCUCGUUAAAGUUUGUUUCUAUUUUGCCUGAAAAGUGCACCGUCAGCUGCCAUGGAGCCUGCCGCAGGCAAGCAGGGUUCUCUCCGCAAUGUUCUGGUUCGGUUGCUUCUCUUCGGCGUCUUCCUCAUGCUCCUAAGAUUCGCUUACGUCAUCGCCAUAGCUGGCGAGUCUUGCAAUGUCGGUGCCUUCUGUUUCUUUUCUACCUCGGACUCGGAGAGUGUCAGUGUUUUGGUCUCCGGUUCCGGUCACGGAGCCUUCAGUGCUCGGGCUGCUUCGUCCGACUACACCUUUCGAUCCUCGGCUUGGCCGGAGCUAUAUAAAAGCAACGAAUGGAGCGAGGGCGUUCAAUUCUACUCUUCUGUGUUUCAAGAUCUGAUUGCCGAGGGCUACAUUACGCCGGAGUCCAAAUCGUUGUGCGUGGAGACGUCAACAGGAAGCGACGUCUUUGCAUUGAAGGAGAAUGGCAUUAUGGAUUCCAUUGGAAUCUCGAAGAAAGCCGGGGAGGCUCGUCGGUUUCCUCUAGGAGAUAAUAUGUUUGACUUCGUCUUCUCCGGCCAAGGCGGGCUCGACAAAUCGGCACGGCCAUUGGAAUUUGCCUCUGAGAUUGCUCGGACGCUUAAACCCAAAGGAUUUGUGGUGUUCCAUGUAAAGGCAAACGAUACUUACAGUUUCAAUUCGUUCAUGGAUUUGUUUAACUGUUGCAUGGUAGUGAAAUCGCGUGACAUAGACGGGUUUGAUUCUUCAAUGCCUUAUAUACGAGAAAUCGUUCUUAGGAAAGAGGGGGAUGGAAUUAUUGGUCAUGAAACCGAGAAGCAGAAUUCCGAACGCAAUUGCUCUGCUUUAGGGUAUAAACAAGAAUUGGUAGCAAAAGCUGAGCCUCUGAUUGCUGAGGAGCCACUGAAACCUUGGAUAACAUUGAAGAGAAACAUAAAGAACAUCAAAUACCUUACAUCGAUGGUUGACAUCAGCUUUAAGAAUAGGUAUGUUUAUGUAGAUGUUGGGGCUCGAAGCUACGGUUCUAGUAUAGGAAGUUGGUUCAGGAAACAGUAUCCGAAACAGAACAAGACCUUCCAUGUGUAUGCAAUUGAAGCUGAUAAGACGUUUCAUCAAGAAUACGGGUUGAAAAAGGGAAUAACGUUGUUACCUUAUGCAGCUUGGGUGAAGAAUGGGACCUUAACCUUUGAAAUUCACAGGGACCCUGGUAAGCAAGCGGAAACUACAGUUAGAGGAAUGGGUAGGAUUCAACCUCUGCACUUUGCCGGUGAGUUUGAUGGUGAAGUGGAGAAGAUCCAAGGGUUUGAUUUUGCGGAAUGGCUGAAGAACACAGUCUCAAAUAAUGAUUUUGUUGUGAUGAAAAUGGAUGUGGAAGGGGUUGAGUUUGAUCUGAUUCCGAGGUUAUUUGAAACUGGAGCUAUUUGUUUGGUAGAUGAGAUUUUUCUGGAAUGCCAUUACAAUAGGUGGCAGAGAUGUUGCCCUGGGCAGAGGAGUUCCAAGUACGAGAAAACAUAUGAACAGUGCCUGGCACUGUUCUAUUCUCUUAGACGAAGGGGAGUUCUGGUUCAUCAAUGGUGGUGAAAAUAUGAAAUCCUUGCACACAUUCGGAUGUUCUGCACAACAUGUUUAUUUCCUUUUACCUUCCACGCGUUUCUUCAGAUAUUUUCGCUUUUAAACCCACCACUUUACCCAUACGGAAGAGUCAUUUGCGUUUCAGUUUUCCUUUCGUUAUAUUUCUACAAGUGCAAUCGAUGGAAUUGUAAUUGUUGUAUGAGUCUCUUCUGAUUACCAAAGUUGCUGUUGUUUGUUUGUUAUUGUCAUUGUUCUUGUGGUCGUUAAUGCCAUGAAUAUAAUGUUUUUG